UGCAUUUCGUAAGUUGCUAUAAAGUAGGAGUUGUAGAUUUGUAUACCUUACUAGUAAAUAAUUAUCUCUUGUAGCACAUCAGUUAGGCUACGGAUGACCUAUGAACUACAGGUUGUGAGUUGCCCACUUUCGUUAACACAAACAUCGGAGGCUUUGGAAAAGAUCUUCACAAAUAUUUUAGCUGAACUUUGUGAAUCUUGCAAAUUUGAAAAUACAAUUAAGUAUUGCGGUUUACCGACAGCUGAAGCCCUGCCUAGACCGGUGAAGCGUUCAGUAGAGAGGGUAAAACGUGGAAGUGUCUCACUAUUUCAAACUCUGAUUGGAGCUGUAAAAUCUAAUACAAUGGAAUAUUCAGGAUCAUUAGACGAUUUAAAUAAUGAACUCAAAUCAUACGCUGAUAGAAUAAGUACAGCUAUAAUUUCCACAAGUAUACCAGGAAUCACUGUUACCGAUACUCCCAUAGUAUCUAUAACAUCUAAAGACGGAAAAUGUUUCUUAUAUACGAACCUGACUUAUGAAUCUAAAACGAUUAAUGGUGAAAAUGGAAUCUGUAUCGAGGAGAUUGGAGUUUGUUUUACAAGGGGGCCAUUUGGCAUGUUUCCCGAGACACCAGAUGAUAUAGAACUCAGCAUGUUUUUGUACACACGAGAGAGUAGAGAGUCGUGGAAUUGUCUAUCACCUGAGUUCUCAACCAGUACAACCAUAGACACAAAUAAACCAACUAAGGUGAUUGUACAUGGCUAUAAUGCAGAUGGACAUGACACUACAGAUUGGCCUCAUGAAAUGAGAAGGAAGUUGCUUAAAGAGGGCGAUUACAAUGUUGUUGUUGUUGACUGGUCUGAAGGAGCUGACGUGAAAGCUCUCAAAUUAAGUCUCGGAGUACUCCUACUUGCGCUAAAAAAGUUCGACAAAGGCACAAUCCUCACUAUUGAAGGGGUAAAGGAAUUUUAUGGUGCAGCUGCCACCAAUACUCAACUGGUGGGUCAUAUGAUUUACUCAAUGCUGAAGCAUAAGAAUGUGAAUAUGGGUGAUGUCCAUUGCAUAGGGCACAGUCUGGGUGCCCACGUAUGUGGAUUUCUUGGUAAUUCGGCUGGAAAGAACACUGUUGGUAGAAUAUCUGGAAUGGAUCCUGCAGCACCAAAGUUUGAAGGAAGCGAAAUUGAAUUCAGGCUUGACUCCUCUGAUGCUAAAUUUGUUGAUAUAAUACAUACAGAUGCAGAUAUACUUGGUUUCCUACCACAACUUGGCCACGUAGAUUUUUAUCCGAAUGGAGGCCGAGACCAGCCAGGUUGUCUCUUAUUCACCUGUGAUCAUUCGGUUUCUCAUCAGCUCUACCUUGAGUCAAUAGACAAAUCCUGCGCAUUCUAUUCCACUCCAUGCAAUUACAGUAAAAUUUACUCAAAAGAUGGUGGUAUGUGUUAUGCUACUACUGUUGAUUCAUGCUCAAUGAACGUGAUGGGGUACUACUCAGAUAGAUAUAAGGACCAACAUGGGGCGUUUUAUCUCAAGACAAAUAAAACUAAACCAAGAUGCAAUAGCUUGGUAACAACAUCACCAUGUGGGACUACGCAGAGCGCGCCGGGUAGCACGACCAAAUUUUCAGUGGUGUAUGACGAUAGUAAAUGUGAAUGUCUCAAAGGAACAUGUAAGCUAGUCGCUAACGGUUGCAGUGGAGGAAACUUUUACACCGGAAAGUGUGGAGGCCCGGCAGAUAGAAAGUGUUGUGUACCAACAGAUCCGAACUAUAACGAUGCAUCAUGUGAAUCAAGACAAGGUGUGUGCAAGAUGACUACGACCGAGACGUGUAGCUGUGGACAAUUCUACUCUGGUUUCUGUGGUGGACCCUCACACAGGCGAUGUUGUAUCUCAGACUAGAUCUUGUAUGGCGUAUUAAUUUAUUAACAGUAACAAUUACUCAGACUGUUAAACUAGAACUUGAUUGAUCAACAAACUUGGAUUAUCUUGGAUGUUGAUUGGGAAUUAAUAUUUAGCUCUGUACAGGCAUGUUUUAAGAAGACUGAAAAUUGACUGAAAAUCUCAUAUUGUCUUUAUUUAUUCUAUAUAGAAUAUCAUAGAUGUAUGUUAGAUGUACAC